UAAUGAUGUGGCUCUCUAAGGAGCUUUCUCCUCUAAAUCUUGGUCUCUUGUUUGGAAGUGACUAACAACGUUUUGGCGUGAGAAAAUCCUAAAAAGAUCAGUGUGUUUUGUGUCCAAUUCUUUUAUCACCAAAAAAGAGAAGAAAUAUUGCAGUGAAUGAAGAUUCCUCUGCAUUUUAGCACUGCUUUUUCAACUGUAGUUGGCUUUUGAAUGAGGAUGACAAUGGAAGAGAUGAAGAAUGAAGCUGAGACCACAUCCAUGGUUUCUAUGCCCCUCUAUGCAGUCAUGUAUCCUGUGUUUAAUGAGCUAGAACGAGUAAAUCUGUCUGCAGCCCAGACACUGAGAGCCGCUUUCAUUAAGGCUGAAAAGGAAAAUCCAGGUCUCACACAAGACAUCAUUAUGAAAAUUUUAGAGAAAAAAAGUGUAGAAGUUAACUUCACGGAAUCCCUUCUUCGUAUGGCAGCUGAUGAUGUAGAAGAGUAUAUGAUUGAGCGACCAGAGCCAGAAUUCCAAGACCUAAACGAAAAGGCACGAGCACUUAAACAAAUUCUCAGUAAGAUCCCAGAUGAGAUCAAUGACAGAGUGAGGUUUCUGCAGACAAUCAAGGAUAUAGCUAGUGCAAUAAAAGAACUUCUUGAUACAGUGAAUAACGUCUUCAAGAAAUAUCAAUACCAGAACCGCAGGGCACUUGAACACCAAAAGAAAGAAUUUGUAAAGUACUCCAAAAGUUUCAGUGAUACUCUGAAAACGUAUUUUAAAGAUGGCAAGGCAAUAAAUGUGUUCAUAAGUGCCAACCGACUAAUUCAUCAAACCAACUUAAUACUUCAGACCUUCAAAACUGUGGCCUGAAAGUUGUAUAUGUUAAGAGAUGUACUUCUCAGUGGCAGUAUUGAACUGCCUUUAUCUGUAAAUUUUAAAGUUUGACUGUAUAAAUUAUCAGUCCCUCCUGAAGGGAUCUAAUCCAGGAUGUUGAAUGGGAUUAUUGCCAUCUUACACCAUAUUUUUGUAAAAUGUAGCUUAAUCAUAAUCUCACACUGAAGAUUUUGCAUCACUUUUGCUAUUAUCAUUCUUUUAAGAAUUAUAAGCCAAAAGAAUUUACGCCUUAAUGUGUCAUUAUAUAACAUUCCUUAAAAGAAUUGUAAAUAUUGGUGUUUGUUUCUGACAUUUUAACUUGAAAGCGAUAUGCUGCAAGAUAAUGUAUUUAACAAUAUUUGGUGGCAAAUAUUCAAUAAAUAGUUUACAUCUGUUAAACAUUUCUUUACUUGAAAAAAAUGCAUAUAUAUAUGUGUGUGUACAUAUAUAUAUAUAUGUGUGUGUAUAUAUAUAUAUGAUCAGAAGACCAAGACAACUUGGUGUAAUGUCUAAAAAACUUCUAACGGGAGCUUAUCAGCAGUUUAUCAAAUAAUAAAGAAACAAGAAUUUC